AUGCUCCCUGGGCUCUUCAGGCCCGUGAACCCCCCUCCCCAAGGGCUCGCUGAGAACUUGGCUCCCCUGAUAGCACUGGAGACCACGCUCCCUUUCCCAGCAGCUGACCACGAGAGCAGGGUGGGGACGGCCCAGAGGACCUUCCCCCUGCAGACCCUGCACUGCCAUAACGACUACACCAGCCGCAUCGUCUGCAGGUGGGCAGACACCCAGGACGCCCAGCGGCUGGUCAACAUGACCCUCCACCGCAGGCUGAACAGGACAGCCUCGCAACCAGUGUCCUGAGAUCUCAGUGACGGCCCUUGUCCCCACUGUGUGCCCCGAAGUUUCAUCAUCCCCUACCGGAGCUUUGCCUUUGCUGACUAUGGCUACUUCUCAUUCCGACCAGACCGGCCUCUGGGUACCCAGCCCACCAUUACUCUGAGCCAGCACGUGCAGCCCCCCGCACCCAAGGACCUCAACAUCCGUGCUGCCGGGGACGGUUUCCUGCUGUCCUGGAGUGUGGCCCAUGGGGGUUCCCAGAGCCACUGGCUGUCCAGCCUGGAGUUUGAGGUGGUCUACAGGCGGCUUCAGGACUCCUGGGAGGAUGCGCCCACCAUCUACUCCAGCUCCUCCCGGGCCAUCCUGGGGCCAGAGCACCUCAUGCCCAGCAGCACCUAUGUGGCCCGAGUGCGCACCAGGCUGGCCCCGGGCUUGGGGCUCUCGGGACGGCCCAGCCAGUGGAGCACGGAGGUUCGCUGGGCCUCCCAACCAGGGAAUGAGUCCCAGCCCCAGAACCUCCAGUGUGUCUUCGACGGGACUGCCCUGCUCAGCUGUUCCUGGGAAGUGAGGUCCGAGGUGGCCAGCUCCGUCUUCUUCACCCUCUUCUACAAGUCCGGCCCCAGCGCAAGGGAGGAAGAAUGUUCCCCAGUGCGGACGGAGGAGACCAGCAGCCCUUACGUCCGGCACCGCUGCCAGAUUCCCGUGCCUGACCCCAGGGACCACAGCCAGUACCUCGUCUCUGUUCGACCAAAGGAGGAAGAGAAACUUAUGAAGAGCUCAGAUAACAUACAGAUGGCUCGCCUGACCCUCAACGUGACCAAAGGCAGAGAUGGCUACACCUUGCAUGGGAAAGAAGGAAAAAUGCAACACAAACGCAUAAAUCUCAUCUUCCAGGUCCAGUACAAGAAAGAAGCAGCCUCAUGGGACACCAAGACAGAGGACUUCCAGAACGCCCACAGCAUGUGCCUGCCACCUCCGGAGCCUGCCACCAGGUACCAGGCCAGAGUGAGAGUCAAACCUGACCCCCAAGGCUACGACGGGAUCUGGAGCAAGUGGAGUGAGGAGAGCUCCUGGGACACUGAGUGGGUGCUGCCCAUGUGGGUCCUGGCGCUCAUCCUGGUCAUCAGCACCUUGAUCCUACUCGUGUCCCUGCGCUUCUGUGGCGUCUACUGGUACAGGCUGAACCAGAAGUGGGAGGAGAAAAUCCCCAGCCCCAGCAAGAGCCACCUGUUCCAGAACGGGCGCGCCGGGCUCCGGCUCCCACACAGCGUGCGCGUCGUCGGCAGCGGGAGCCUCGCACACAGCGGGCCCUGGGGCGGCAGCCGCCCUCAGCCGGAGGGGGCGUCCCCUGUAGACUUCGGGCACAGUGAGGUGUCACCUCUCACCACAGAGGACCCUAAAGAUGCCUGUGACUCAUCACCUGAGCCUGACAAGACUCUGGUCGCCUCGGACCUCCCCACGGAGCAGCCGCCCCGGCCCCCGCCAGAGCUGGCCACCCCCUCGAGCCGGCCUGAGAGCCAGGCUUCCGGCUUUGAUUUCAAUGGCCCCUACCUGGGGCCGCCCCACAGCCACUCCCUGCCUGACAUCGUGGGCCAGCAGGGACCCCUACAGACAGGCACGAGCAGGAAGCCGCAGCCCCCAGAGUCCCCGAAGUACCUGUUUCUGCCCGCAGGGGGGCAGGUGCAGCUGGUCCCACUGGCUCAGGUGAUGGGGCCGGGCAAAGCCAGGGAUGCGGACCUGAGGUCCAGCCCAGGCACCGAGGAGAGCCCUUCCCUGGAGUCAGGGGCAGGCCCUGCCCCUCCUGAGCCUGGGGUGAUGGUGGGUGGUCAAGGCCCGAAGGACAGGUCCCCCCCAGGUCUGCCCACUGGCUCUCGGGGUCCUGAGGAAGGCACUGUAGCCACUGGUUACGUCACCACUGCAGAUCUGACAUUCACCCCACCCACAGGGGCCCCGUCUCCUUCCCAGGCUCCCCCUCUGGGCCUCCCCUCAGACCAGCACCCCUACUUCCAUCCUGGACUGGGUGAUGGUCCCUGCAUCCUCGGCCCUCUAAAGCCAGAGUUUGAGGGCUAUGUGGAUCUCCCUCCAAGUAUGGACCCGUUUCCCUAGCCCCCUCUGGCCAGUCCUGUGCCUCCUGCAGUCAACAGCCCUAUCCUGUUCCCAGGGGACCCUAGGAAGAUGUGUGCCCAGCCUUCCCACCCGCCCAAGGGGCUCCUCAUCCUGAAGUGUGUAGGUGACUCUUCCCUCCCCUCCAGCUUUGGAGUAUGCCAGGUACCUCUCCAGGGCAAACUCCUGGAACUAAGUUACCAUGGUCAAGAUGCCCAUGCCAGGCUGAGUGUGAGGGACAAAGUAUAA